CCGUGUGAACCGCUGCUGUUGUGUUGUGCUUGUCAUUCAGACAUCCCAGGAAUCCAACACGACUAGAGUCAGCCAGGGCGACAGGACAAGGAGAUUUUAAGUUAAAGAUUACGUAAUUGUUUCCGCAAAGGGUCAAGAAAAAUAUCGGUCGUUGCCAAAGUAGUGUCAAGGAAAGCGGAAUUCUCAGAUAUCGCAGCAUGCAGAGUGCCGACAUCCUGCUACCCUUUGCUUCUACGCUGGACUGAGUGGCAUCCUCUUUAUCCCCUUCAUCGUCGUCAUACAUGCUCUCACAUGAAGAGAGCAGAGAAACCCGAAGGAUACAGACAGAUGAGACCCAAAACGUUUCCUGCCAGCAACUACAGCGGCAACAGUCAACACAUGUUGCAGGAAAUAAGGAACAGUUUGCGCAAUUUAUCCAAACAAUCAGACCCACCUAAAGCAGACUCUGGAGGAGCUGUAAAGAUGCCUCCUGAGGACCCAAGGCAACAGGGGCGAUGCAGCAACCCCAAAAACUCCUACCACAAGGCCUUACAGGAGAUCCGCAAAUCCCUGAUGCCUUUUGCCAAUGAGCCCAGUACUUCAGGAACUGAAGUGAACAAACACAUGUCUCUGGAAAGUCCCUGUGCUGGGUUCGAGGAGAUCAACAGUCGCAGUAUGGGGGCUGUUAUCGACUACACAGGCAAGGUGAGCUACCAAGACUCAAAGAGGGAACCGAUGCUUGCGGCCAACCCCAACACUACCGGUCUGAAAGCCCCAGGAGCGUCUCAGGCUGUGCUGAGGAGGCCGAGCUGGAAAGGCUCUAAGGAGUCUUUGGCCCCUCGUCACGUCAGGGUGGAUGGAGUGAUAUACCGCUCAGACAGCCCGGGGCCCCCUCCCGCCUUUCCACAGGGUCACCCUGCUAACAACCAGAGAGUGAACCCUCCCCUCCCCCCUCAGGUGCGCAGUGUCACACCUCCACCCAACCGCGGUGCCAUGCCUAACACAUCAUCCUGGGACAGCAACCCAUCCACCAAGCGCUACUCCGGCAACAUGGAUUACCUCGGGGCCCGCAUCUCUCCGGUCCCACAGGGGGCCUGGCCUGAUGGGUACCAAUCAUCAGCACCCCAGAAUCAGCGUGGGAUCAGCCCAGUCCCUGUGGGCCACCAGCCCAUCAUAAUGCAGGGAGGGAACAAGUUCACCUUCCCCCCCAGCUGGUCUCAAAAUGGCUCCCCCCAGCAGGACUACAUCGCGGCUGGCAGCAGACAGCCCCCCCCUCCGUACCCGGUCAACCAGGGCAGCCGGCACAGUCCCACUGAUCAGCAGUCAGGAGGACCCGCCUCCUCGCCCUCAUACGCCAACGGGGGAAACCUCCCUCAGUCCAUGAUGGUGCCCAACAGGAGCAGUCACAACCUGGACUUGUACAACCUCGGCCCCCCUCAGUCCUGGGCCCAGGCUCCUCUGAACCCCAACCAGCCCCAGUCCUCUGGAAACAACAGCACCCAGGACCUGUCCCCGUCGUGGCAACACAACGUGCCGGCCCGCUCCAACUCCUUCAACAACCACCAGCUGAACAGCAGAGCGGCCCACCAGUCCGGCUCCCAGCCCUCCCCCACCACCGUCACUGCCAUCACCCAGGCGCCCAUCCUGCAGCCAGUCAAAAGCAUGCGUGUGCAGAAACCUGAGCUACACACUGCUGUGGCCCCCACACACCCUCCAUGGAUGCAGCAGCCUCCGCCGCUUCAGGCUGCACCUGCUUACCCAGAACCCCCAGCCCCUGUGCCCCAGAUCCCUGUUGUAGCCGAAGCCCCGAGCUACCAGGGCCCCCCUCCGCCUUACCCUAAACAUCUCCUCCAACAGCAGGCUGCAGCCGCCCCCCCUGCCUACGAUCCGGGGGUCAACAAGCGCAACUCAGGCAGAGAGGAGGCGGCGGAAGAGGAGAGCAGCAGCACCGACAGCUCCCGGGACAAACCGGCAGAGAGCGCCGCAGAGAAGGAGAAGAAGCAAAUCACUACAUCCCCCGUUCCUGUGCGGCGCAACAAGAAGGACGAGGAGCCGAGAGGGGAGUCAGGAAGAAUCGCUCUGUACUCCCCCCAGGCCUUCAAGUUCUUCAUGGAGCAGCAUGUGGAGAACAUCCUGAAGAACCAUCAGAUGAGGAUUCGGAGGAGGAAGCAGCUGGAAAGCGAGAUGCAAAGGGUGGGCUUGUCGUCAGAAGCUCAGGAGCAGAUGCGUAUGAUGCUCAACCAGAAAGAGUCCAACUACAUCCGACUAAAGCGAGCCAAGAUGGACAAAUCCAUGUUCAAACGAAUCAAGACCCUCGGCAUCGGAGCGUUUGGCGAGGUGUGCCUGGCCAGAAAAGAGGACACGGGAGCGCUGUACGCCAUGAAGACGCUCCGCAAGAAGGACGUGCUGCUGAGGAACCAGGUGGCCCACGUCAAAGCCGAGAGGGACAUCCUGGCUGAGGCUGACAACGAGUGGGUGGUGCGUCUCUACUACUCUUUCCAGGACCGGGACAACCUGUACUUUGUCAUGGAGUACAUCCCCGGAGGAGACAUGAUGAGCCUCCUCAUCCGUCUGGGAAUCUUUAAAGAGGAGCUCGCCCAGUUCUACAUCGCCGAGCUCACCUGCGCUGUGGAGAGCGUCCACAAGAUGGGCUUCAUCCACCGAGACAUCAAGCCCGAUAACAUCCUCAUAGACCGGGACGGACACAUCAAGCUGACCGACUUCGGCCUUUGCACCGGCUUCCGCUGGACGCACGACUCCAAGUAUUACCAGAGUGGUGACCACGUGAGGCAGGACAGCAUGGACUUCAGUAAGGAAUGGGAGGACCCGACGAACUGCCGCUGUACGGACCGCCUGAAGCCUCUGGAGCGGAGGAAGGCCCGGCAGCACCAGCGCUGUCUGGCACAUUCUCUGGUCGGGACGCCGAACUACAUCGCACCAGAAGUGCUGCUCAGAACAGGCUACACCCAGCUGUGUGAUUGGUGGAGUGUCGGUGUCAUCCUGUACGAGAUGGUUGUCGGUCAGCCUCCCUUCUUAGCGAACACGCCUCUGGAGACGCAGCUGAAGGUGAUAAACUGGAAGAGCAUGCUCAACAUUCCCCCGCUUGCCAAGCUCAGCCCCGAGGCUUCAGAUCUCAUCGUGAAGCUGUGCCGCAGCCCGGAGGACCGCCUGGGCAAGGACGGCGCCGACGAGAUCAAAGCUCAUCUUUUCUUCAAGAACAUCGAUUUCUCCAGCGACUUGCGGCAGCAGGCGGCGCCGUACGUCCCCACCAUCGCUCACUCCACGGACACCUCCAACUUCGACCCCGUGGACCCUGAUAAAAUGUGGAGCAGCGACAGCGACGGAGAGGAUAACCUCAACGACACGCUCAGCUGCUGGUUCCGCAACGGCAAACACCCCGAACACGCCUUCUACGAGUUCACCUUCCGCCGCUUCUUCGACGACAACGGCCACCCGUACAGCUGCCCCAAGCCCAUCGAGUACGAGAGCUACGACGGGGAGGAGGCGGACUCUGAGGCCGUGGCGCAGGAGGCUGCCGCGACCUCAGCAAAUCAGAGCCGAGACCUGGUCUAUGUGUAGCGACUGCUGCAGAGCUGCCUGUACGUAACGAGUCUGUGAGGAGAGGAGGGCCACGGUACAGCCUUAAAAACACAGCACAGUAACAGACCUGAUAUCAGAACUAAAGGUGCACACUACAAGGCAGGCAUCUUAAGGAAACAAGAAUUAGAUCAUUACUAGGGUUCAAGGAAAAUGUGUAGUCUUCAUUUAUAUAGACAUUCAAAUGCUGUUCAGUUUUAGGUUUUUUUUGUGGGUCUAUUUGUCCCUUAAAACCUGUUUUUUCUGCACAGAUAAAAAUAAAACCACACUAAUAUUAUCGCUACUAUACUGUUUGUUGAACCAUAUUCCAAACAUGUUCCAUAACUCCAGGGCAUUGUCAAGUCUAAAUAGUUUUGAAAAGAAAAUCAUAAUAUGACAGUAGACAUUCAGAGCUAUGUUUGAAAACCUCAAAAGAAGACCUGCUUGUUACAGAAAGGACUUUUCAGGCAUGACUGGUAUCGAUCUACUCCUCUAACUCUCAGAAAAACACUGAAUACGCUCAAAAUGUUUCUCUGAAUGUUUGAAAGGUACACUGUACGCUGUUUGCUGCCUGAGGAUUAGAAAGCAGGAUAAAAUCAGGGUGCUCUCUCUGAUGACGUCCCUUUAAAGCCUUAAUUUAUUUAAGUGUAACUGGUGAUGCUAGUCUAGACGCUGUUUGAGUUAGAACAAAAAAAAAGUAUCUUAAUUUAUAUUUUAUUUCUGUUGCGAUGGGGAUUUAGUUUUGUGACUGGUAGACAUCUGCAGGGAUAAAUUGCUCUAAUUCAUUGCUGUUUGUUUUUUUCACCAAAUAUAAAGAGGGUUAAAAAUCAUUUAAAAAUGAGUAGCAGUAGCUGAUUGAACUACAGUAGGGUUUGUUUUAUUUUUCUAAUUUAUACCUAAAAUGUAUUUAUAAAUUAUACAGUUGAUGUAAAUAGUUUCCCGUCAGCUGGUUUUUAUUUCUCGUAGGGCAGGCCCUCUCAGUGUCGCUGCUGCUGCCUCCAGUCGCUCUUCUGUCUCAAAAUACUACAAACACUAAAUCACAAAUACGUUUAAUUAUCUUUAACUCACCAGCAUUCAGACGUUAUGCUCGAGUCUCAACCAAAGCACUAAAUAUGUGGGUUUUUAAUCACAUUUUCAAAAUAACAAUCACAAGAACGUGACAUUAUAUUUUGUGGUGUUAUUAUUAUUAUUACCCAUGAGCAAGAAAUGCCUAAUCACUUCCUCCUUUAGAACAUUAUGUGAGCAGAGGCUUCACUUCCUUUUUAAAAUAAUUGUCUUAUUUCCUUGUCUUGUUCUUGAGAAUCACUACAGCUGACCAUCGUGUUUUGAGUUUUGUUAUGCCUCUGUAUUGAUUUCUGAAAAUAGAAACUGGACCGACGGUGGAGACGAUUUUGUAACCCGCUGUACUUUAUCUUUGUGUUUUAGGAAAAGAUCUCUGAAUGUAGUUAUGGACUUCAUGGUUACCACUGACACUCUGCACUGGUUUUGUGUUUUCUUUGUAAGUGAGAGAAUUUUAUUUUUGUGUACAUUGUUGCUGCGGGAGGUCUGGUACAGGGAAGAGGGUGAUAAAUAAAGAAUGUAAACUCCUUUCA